AGAUGGUGAGCAACUGGGGGGAAUUCGUCGCCCAUCGCAUAUUUGCUGUGUCCAAAUCCGACUUAGAAAUCUAAAAAUCAAUAUCAAAGUAACUGUGGGAACGACGCCAGAAGGUUGAAAUCGUCUUCAAAACUGAAGUGAUUUAAUCUUUAUUGUUUGGAAACUGUCUUCAAUCUAUUGCCAAUUGUUUGGAACCCGUGUGAUGGAGUGAUCUUUGAAGCUAGGUAAAAACAUGUAAAAAGAACGAUAUCAAUUCAACGAUUCCACCCUCUGAGCAACCAAAGUGGAUCAAGAUGACAAUCAAAUCAUCAACGAAUAACGAUCCAUCUCGAAUUUCCCACACAAGAAUCGUUGUGCGAUCAGCAAUCGUGUCAAGACUUGGUGUACUAACCCUAAUGGUUAUCUGGAGAUCAAUGCUCAGCCCUUACGAUACCUCCGCCUCUAUAAACCCUAGCUGCCUCUCUUCCACCACCACUGACCACGAAGAAGAGCUUGUCCUAUUUCCUCGCAUCGCCGCAGCUAUUGAAAAUGGGAUCGUAUGGGACAGCGUGUACUUCGUCAGAAUCGCUCAAUGCGGUUACGAAUAUGAACAAACAUUUGCUUUCUUGCCUCUUCUUCCUUUGUGCAUUUCGUUAUUGUCUCGAACAGUUCUUCUGCCAUUGACUCCACUUGUUGGACAUAGGGCUGUGUUGGCAUUAUCUGGAUAUUUACUUAACAACAUCUCAUUCGUUUUUGCUGCACUGUUUCUCUACAGGCUUUCUGUUAUUAUUCUCAAGGACUCAGAGGCUUCAUUGAGAGCAUCAAUCUUGUUUUGCUUCAAUCCAGCAUCUAUAUUCUAUUCAUCCAUAUACUCUGAAAGUUUAUAUGCACUAUUAUCAAUUGGAGGAAUCUACUUCUUAAUGUCUGGUGCAAAUCUUUUAGCACUACUCUCACUUGCUUUCUCUGGAUUGUCAAGAUCAAAUGGGGUGCUUAAUGCAGGCUAUAUCGGUUUCCAGACCAUUCAUAGAGCCUAUGAUGCUGUAUUUCUUCAAAAGAGUGCAUAUUUGGCAAUUAAGGUUCUUAUAACUGGAAUUUUGCGUUGCUUAUUUGUUUUUGUUCCAUUUGUUGGGUUUCAAACAUAUGGAUAUUACAGUUUCUGUGAUGGAAAUAAUCCGGAUAAAUUAAGGCCUUGGUGUAAAGCAAGGAUUCCUUUGGUGUACAAUUUUAUUCAAAGUCAUUACUGGGGGGUUGGUUUUCUAAAAUAUUUCCAGCUAAAACAGUUGCCAAAUUUCCUUCUUGCAUCACCAAUCCUCUCGAUUGCAGUCUGCUCAAUUAUCCAUUAUGUGAAGCUACAGCCUGAGGUCUUCUUUUCACUUGGUUUCCAAGUUGCUCCAAAAAGUUAUGGAGUAGAUAAAAACAACACUCACACAUCAACAGUAAUUCAAGAAUCAGAAGAAGAUCAGACUCUGAAAAGGAGAAAACAUAGCACGAAAGAAGAAGAGGGUCCCACUCCCACUGUGCUUUCAAAGAAGGAUGAAAAAUUAGGAAAAUUUUCAAUCAUCAUCAUACCAUUCAUCUUACACUUGGGGUUCAUGGUGGCUACAGCGUUUUUUGUCAUGCAUGUUCAGGUUGCUACAAGGUUUUUGUCUGCAAGCCCUCCAGUGUAUUGGUUUGGGGCGUAUGUUUUGGCAUCUCAUGGGAAGGGUUGGGGAUACUUGAUAUGGGGAUACUGUGUAGCCUACAUCCUCAUUGGAAGUCUUCUCUUUUCAAAUUUUUACCCUUUCACUUAAAACCCUUUUUCAAGUUUGAAGAAGCUAAGAGAAGAUUUGGAAACCCGUUUUUGGUGCUUAAAAGACGAUGUAUAUGUACAUGAUGAUGAUUAAUUAGUUUGUUACAUACAA